AUUGAAUUCCCACCAAAAUAUCCACAACCAUCAGGAGCACCUUUAAAAUUCCCGUCCUUCGCCCUCUUCGUGUGACCGUGUCACAGCCCCAAAACUCUUUACCUUCGAUACUACAACUUACCGCGCCCACCAGUUUUGCCUUUUGCGUCUUGUUUCCAGUUUCUCUAUCUCUUUCACUCUCAAAAGCUUUGGAGUCUUUUCCAAAUCUAUCCUUGCGUGCGUGCAUGUGGAGCUUUCCUGUUGGGUGAUUGUCAAUUUUCAGCAUAUGGAUACAUCAAGCCCCACAGUUUUUGUCAAUGCAGAGUUGUUGCCCAUGUAUGUAGGAAGGAAGGUUCGUGCAGUUGUUCAAGUUACUCAAUCUGAUGGCGAAAUCAAAACGGGAAAAUCUACAGAUGAACGUCAAUUGAUUAUAAAAGGACUUCCACAGGUCCCUCCUAUGACUCACGUUGAGGUGAUUGGUAUUGCUGAGAGUGAGCAGUCCAUUCAUGCUGAAACAUGGACCAACUUUGGUAACACAUUUGACACACAAUCAUACAAUCAGGUAUGCCAACUUGCAAAUGGGGAUUUUAAAGGUCUAUUUCUUUAGGGAGCCAUCUUUGAACUAGAGUAGGUAGGAGUGUAAGGAAUGGUAAUCUUGUUAUGAUUUCACAAGUUUGGUGUUUAAGAUUUACAAACUACUUUAUUAGAAUCGUUUAUGGGUGAAUACUUUCCAGAACUUUUGUAUUCUAUUAAUGUAGUGCAACAAUAGCAUUGUUCUGAUUCCUUA